UUUUUUCCACCCAUGGGAAGCAUAAUGCUAAUUAAUUUGACCCUUGGGCAGAGCAUUGUGUAUUUUGAGAACACAGUGUGGAAAAGCAUAUUAGAGCAUGCACAUCUUUUCUAAACUCUUAAGAGAUGGUUUUAAGUGAUGCAGCAAACAGCUUAGUUCCUGUGGACUCUCAUUUCAUACCUGUGCAAGACCGUGGAUGCUCAGGGAGCAUUGUUUGGCUUAGUUUGACUCCAUAUUUGGUCAGAACUGAAAUUGAGUGUUUGUGAAGAUUUAUUAAUAUAUUGAAAUUUGCAACUGUGAUAAAGCUUUUACCCUCAAAAUAUGAGAUUUGGACUUUAAAAAUUAAGCCUAAUACUUUAGAUUUUUUCUUCUACUGAAAACAUGUUGUUAAUUUUAGUGUCAGAUUAAAGCACCCCAAGUUGGCUGGGAAAGCAAGGUUGGUGCUUACCUAUGUCCUGGUUUCAGAAUGCUAGUGAGGUCUCAUAGUCCCCAAAGACUUUGCUUCUUCUCUUCUCAGACUCACAUUUUUUUUUUUCACCUCUAAUACCUUGGAAAUCAGGAUAUGCUUAACAACUGCUGGUGUGAUAUAAUUUUUUAUUGGCAGCUUUUUAUUUCUUAGUGGUACACAUAAUAAUGAUGCAUUUCCAGGGAGGGAAAGAGAAACAACAAUUAUUGCCUGCUUAUCAUGUAUCAAGCCCUGUGAGAAGGUGGCAUCCAUACACCAUUCUCCUUUCCUACACCCAGGAUGAAGUGGAUGGGCCACUGCCCUUUGCCUUUAGAAUGACUUCAGCUGCCUUCUUUAAGAAGUAAUAUAAAUUACUGUGAGAAGUAAUUUAUAGACAUUAUUUUGUAGAAUCCUCACAUGACCCCUAUGAUGGAGGUAUUUUUAAUUUUGUAGGAAACUGAGACUCAGGUGGGCUACCAGACCUGUCCAAGAUCAUAAGUUGGCCAGUGUCAGAAUCAAGAUUUCAGUACAAUGUGGCCAACUUUAUGGUUGUGUAACCUUCUGCACUCUCUUUCUGACUUGUCCUCAGCUUCUUGUGCUCAUAAAAUAGUCUAUAAAUAUUUAAAUUCUGGAACUGGGAAGGGCCUUGGGAGUCACAGGGUCCAACCCCACUGUGUUACAGAUGAAGAAACUGAGGCUCAGAGAAGUGACUUGCUCAAGGUAGUCCCAAAGGAGAUUGUGCCACUGAGAAUCCGCAUGGCUGCGGGAGGGAAGGGAGUGUUUCAGGCUCUGUUAGUGUCUCCAUCUCCUGCACACAGUGUGCACCCCAGGAUUUCCCCACUUGGGACCGCCUUCCCUGGACCAGGCCUCAGUUUCUCAGUCACCCCUCUGAGGCACUAACACUUGGCUCAUUCCUCUGGAGUCACGAUCCCCCUGGAAUUCAAGAUGAUUACUCACGUACACCACUUCUCCUUUCUUUCUACCCCUAGUGAACCUAUACCUUGUGCCUCACCCUCCAAGGUGACAAUAAAUCCAUGUAAAUAUGAUCAUGGAACAAAAGGAGAGAAGAUUCUCCAGAGUCUAUCCUUGGAGACAUUACUCAUAUGUUUCUUUGCUACCUCAAGAGAGGGGCUUUAAUGGUGGGAACUUCAACGUAGAUUGAAGGGAAGGUGGCAGGCACAUGCACACUAUGGUGCAGAGAUAUUCCGUGGGUAGCAGGGCGUUUAUUAGCCUUUGAAGUCACACCACAAACUCUCACUCUGCCCAUAGAGAGGUGCGACACAGCCUACAUUGCAAAAGGUGGCAUCCAUACACCAUUCUCCUUUCCUACACCCAGGAUGAAGUGGAUGGGCCACUGCCCUUUGCCUUUAGAAUGACUUCAGCUGCCUUCUUUAACACAACAUUCCAGGUAGCCGCUUCCCAUUAACUGUAGUUGGUUCCAGGGAUGAAAUAGACCCAUUUGCCAUUCCCAGUGUUGUUGAAGGCUUUGGAAGCAGGCAGGUUACAAAACGAUUGAGUUUCUAUUUCUUCCAAUGUAAAAACAAGAAAAUAAUAAUUGACUUAAAGAAUUGUUGUAAGGUCUAGAGAUAACAUAUGUAAGAGCACAGCAGACUCCAUGGUACCUGGCACAUAGUAGAUGCUUAGUGACUCUAAAUUGUCGUUCUUAUAAAGUUAAUGCUGACAGGGUGGAAUGCAUGAUGCCACACCUCUGCAUUAUAAAUAAGUUGGGGACUGUGAAAGAAAGAUGCUCUUGGCCUUUGUAGUCUGUCUUUAUUUUGUGACUCUGCAGACACAAGUGUGUAUGUUUCAGGUCUAAAAGGGUUGAGCAGCCGUCUUCAGAAACAGCCCAGGAUGGCAGCUCACUGCCAGUUGGCUAGCUCUUGGCCAGCAAGUUAGGAAGAUCAGGCCAGCUGAGCAGUCCGUCCCCAGAGUACUCCAGUUCUGGUUAUGCUACUCACAGGCUGAAGGGCUGAAGAAAGUCCUUUAUUCCAAGCCAGUUCAAUUUUCUAUAAAACACGUGUAAUAAUUCUGGUCUAGAGAGAGGGGUGGCAAAUUGAUGGACUCACCGGGCAUUGUUAUCUGUUUUGAAAAUGAAAUCUACGAUGAGCAGCACAUGUAUUUAAAGAACACUUUCCUUUGCAGAAAAUGGAAAUGGUUUAACUUCUUCACUUUGUUUCACUAGUUAGUUAGUGUGCAUCUUCAAUGUCUCUGCCUAUGUCAUUAUUUACUAUGAUAUUGAAACUCCUAAGGACAAAGAUGAUGUCUGCUUCAUUUACUUUUUAGAGCAUCCAGAAAAAUGCCAUGAACAAGUACAUUUUUAAUCCACUCAUACGCUGUUAUUGUAGAUUGAAAUAUAAACUAUAUCCCAUUCUCCAAAAAGUAUUUUGUUCUUAUUUUAAUCAUUUAAGACCAAAAAUCUGAUGAAACAUCUCUAUCAGAGCAGCACUGAAUGUCCUUACAGUCAGAACAAAUGCAUGCCUGUUGGUUUAUUUUAAUUUUAAAAUGUUCAUAUUGACUGACUCUCUAUUACAAAAGUCUGCCCAAUGUAGAACAUGUGAAAAAUGCUGAAAACCAUGUAAAAGAACUGAAAAGUUUUCUUUAAUUCCCAUGCUGGAAGAUAAUCACUUGGAACAUCCUGGUAUUUUUUCCUAAAUGAUUCAUUUUAAGGUGAUAUUGAUAUCAUCUAAUUCUUAGCUAGUUUUAAGACUUUCAACAUGUUUCUUCUCACUGUGAUUUCCAUCUUUUCAGGUAGUGAUCCUGCAUUCUUUCCAGCAAGAAUUAUUGUUUUGUUAUUUUUCAGUGUAUUGAAACAUGUUGUCAGUUAAAGGAAAGGGUUUGCCAUGAGCUGCUAGUCACUUACCCAUUUCAAAGGAAACUUGUGGUUACCAUGAAGGAAAAUUUAAUCCAUCUGCCACAAUGCAUUUGUUCUCUUGAGAACCAGGUGGAACUACCGCUGACUAUUUCCUUAGGAUUAUGCCACCCACCAAGGUAACUUUCUGUUUCAGCAGGUGAUGUGGAGAAACAAAACAACACCCUUUAAGUUAAUCAGUUUUGGAAAAUAGAGACUGGCUUUCUAUUCCAUGGCUUUGAUGUGUUUAGUAGUUCCUGUAAGGAUCUGCCUCUCUUUUGUUUUGAUUGACAAGACCUUUUCUAUAUAUUUGAGCAAUCAAGCAGCCCAGUAACAGAAGGUAGAGACAUUUACCCAGAGCAAACUUCUACCAUUCAUUGUGACUCCCUGAAAUCUUAGUGCAAGUUUCAGCUCUAAAAGAAGCGUUGGCUCCUGCAAGAUUAGGUAAGUGCUUCUCCAUAUUUGUAACCUCAUUCCAGAGGAGGGGAAGCCCAGAGAACUUGCUAUAGCAAGGUCAGAAGUAGGAACUGUGAAAAUAAUGAAUUCAGUGGGGGGUAAGGGUCCAUGAAUGCCAUAUCCUUUAUACUUCAGAAUCCAGGUGAGUUCUGUCUAGUGGGCCAGGCAUGAAGGGGGUUGAUUCUGGCUCCUGAAAGAGCACGGGGAAUGACCAAGACCCAGAGAGGAUGGACUUGACAGUGGAUUGAGGUUAUGUUUUAAAUAACUCCUAUGCUUUCCAUCAUUUGGAUUUAAAUUGAAUGUUAAGUAGGUGCUGUUGCAGUGGAAGUCUAGAGCAGAACCAAUUUACAGUGAGUAGGACACAUUUAUGAAUGGCCACCAACUCAGAUGAUAGGUUUCAUGAUAUUUUCUGCAUAUCCAUGUUUAGUGGUGAGUUGGUUUAGUAGCGAUGCAUAUAGGGAAUACUGUUAUUAAUAUUUACCUCCCAAAUCAUUCCCCAUCAUGACACUGAAAAUAUAGUUUUGAGCAAAGUAUGUAACAUGGCACCCAAAUACCCUGGACCUGAAUAAAAAUAAUUUAUAUGUAUUCAUGUAUUCUGUUGGAUUAUGGAUUAGUUUUGGUGUUACUCAUAUUUUAUGUUUAUUUUGGAAAGACCACUGGGACAAACUUCUUCAGCACACAAGUCAACUGCAGCAGUUAAGUUACAAUAAGGAAAAGCCUGAGAAUGCACUUGGAGGGUGGGCAUCUAGAGAGGGCCAUGGAAUCCACACUGGCACCAGUUACAGGAAUCGCUGGAUGCCUGUGUUGGAGUUUGUGGGCAUUUACAAUUUCUGGGCUCAUUUUCCCUGAAAUGCUAGAAGCAAGGUCCCUUUGAUAGCGACCAAUGCAUGGUUGACUGUGCCAUUGAGGGCAGCCAGAUCUGUUAAACUCUAUCCUUUCCCUCUCCGGAAGAGCAGCAUGAAGCUGGCAUUCCUCUUCCUUGGCCCCAUGGCCCUCCUCCUUCUGGUUGGCUGUGGCUGUGUCCUUGGCACCUCCAGUGGGAACCUGCGCACCUUUGUGGGCUGUGCCGUGAGGGAGUUUACUUUCCUGGCCAAGAAGCCAGGCUGCAGGGGCCUUCGGAUCACCACGGAUGCCUGCUGGGGUCGCUGUGAGACCUGGGAGAAACCCAUUCUGGAACCCCCCUAUAUUGAAGCCCAUCAUCGAGUCUGUACCUACAACGAGACCAAACAGGUGACCGUCAAGCUGCCCAACUGUGCCCCGGGAGUCGACCCCUUCUACACCUAUCCCGUGGCCGUCCGCUGUGACUGCGGAACCUGCUCCACUGCCACCACGGAGUGUGAGACCAUCUGAGGCCCGCAUGGUCUGCAGAGCGCAGCUAGCAGCCUCAGCCUCACAGACCCACCUGUGUGAGCAGCACAUGCAGUUAUACUUCCUGGAUGCAAGACUGUUUAAUGUCGACCAUACCCAUGGAGGAGGUUACCUGUUGACCCUGAGGUCCAGCUCAGACAAAAGGCCCAAAUGCAGCCUACUGAUGCUAAAAAUUCGAAACAAUAUUCAUGCCUUCACCAAAAUAAUUUCUCCAGUUCACAUACCUGCAAAUUAAUUUUUCUUUGCCUUGAGUCUUGGAACAUAAUUUGUGUAUCACAAUCCUCCCCCAAUUUGGACUUAUAAUAUGCUAAUGAUUUAAACACAUUGGAUGUAAUUAGAAAAUGGGGCUGGAAAGUCUUUAAAUUCUCAUGUUCUAUUUAACCACUGAUCUCCAACCGGAUUUAUGAUUAAAGGGCUAGAAAUGAACAAAACCCAUGUACUAGUCUUCCUCACCCCCAAGGAAUUCCAACUGCAAGCUUCUUUAGGGAAAAUGCUCCCUUCCCCUUUUAACUGAGCAAUUAUCUACACAAGAAAUAAGACUGUUCAGAUAUACAAAGAGAGCAGCUUCAAUGAAGAGAUGUUUGGAUUUGGAUAAUUAUUUUCCCUAGCAAAAUUCCCUAAACUCCCUUAAGAGCCUUAAUAAAGAGGCUAUGGUGGGAUUGAAAGAAAAAAAAUACCCAGAAAUAAAAUAUGUAACUAAUAGCUAUCUCAUUUAGCCUUAAAAAGUUAUUAAACUCACGUUUUAGAGUAUGAUGUUCUCCCAAAGCUAUGGCAAAAUGGCCAAUCACAUGUAUUCUUCCCGAUUUAUCAUAUUUUAAAUUUAAGUUGUAACUUACUAAACUCUGAAAUUUUACAUGCUUUUAGGGGUAAAACUGCAUCGCUGGCUCAGAGGAAAAAGUCUGUGAUUUUCUAGCUCCUGCCUUCUCUGAAAUCUUACAGUAGCUAAUUCUGUGGCUGGAAAAAACCUCCAGAACUCUAAUGUUAUGCAAAUGUCUUUAAUUCUGGCAUUUUUUGGGGUUGAAUUUAACCUUGUUCCUUUUUCAUAAUGUGCCAGGAAAACCUAUAUUAAUGCCAAUAAAGCAUGUCCUCUGUCUUUUGAAUUCAUGA